AUGGGUAAUCAAAUGCAGGGCUGGAAUAUAGCCCAUCACCUAGAGAAGCGAAAGCUUCUUAUCGCCAUCAAUUGCGUGGCUGGUCUCUCCAUCUUCUUCUUCGGUUAUGACCAGGGCAUGAUGGGUGGCGUGAACAACGCCAGUGAUUAUCUUGAACGGAUGGGCAUCGGCUACGGGGCCGACAUAGAUGGCGAUAAAAAUGUCCCGGUCGUCACCGAUAGUCUUCUGCAGGGAGGGAUUGUCUCCGUCUAUUACCUGGGCACACUGGUUGGUGCUCUCUUUGGAGGUUGGAUCGGUGAGGAAAUCGGACGCUUAAAGACCAUUGCAGUGGGAUGCGUGUGGGCCAUCAUAGGGGCUGCCUUGCAAACCUCGGCAAUGAACCAUGAGUGGAUCAUCUGUGCUCGUCUCAUCAAUGGAAUUGGCACUGGCGUCCUUAAUGCUAUUGUUCCCGUGUGGGCCACCGAGACGGCGGAGCAUACCUCUCGGGGUCAGUUCAUCGCGAUCGAAUUCACGUUGAACAUUUUCGGUGUCGUAGUUGCAUAUUGGCUGGAAUUUGGCCUCUCCUUCAUUGACGGAGGACGGUCUGCGUUCCGCUGGCGGUUCCCCAUCGCUUUCCAGAUAAUCCUCUUGAUCUUAUUGCUCGCUGUGGUAUGGUUCUUCCCAGAGUCGCCCCGAUGGCUAGUCAAAGUAGGCCGUAAAGAGGAAGCACGCUAUAUCCUUGGCCGAUUGAGGGGUACCGGCCCUGAGGAUGGAAACAAGGCAGAGGCCGAGUUUCAAGACAUCUGCAAUGUUGCCGAUCUAGAGAAAUCGCAGGCCUAUAGCACCUCGUAUUUCUCCAUGAUCACCGGGAGAGGGUCCGGCGAUCUCCACAUUGGCCGCCGGGUGCAACUGGUCGUGUGGCUGCAGAUUAUGCAGGAAUGGGUCGGGAUUGCUGGCGUGACUAUCUAUGCUCCGGUAAUCUUUCGGAUGGCUGGGUUCGACACCGAGAAGAGCCAGUGGGUUAGUGGUUUGAACAAUAUCUUUUAUAUGUUCGCAACCUUGAUCUGUGUCUUUACCCUUGACAAGAUCGGCCGUCGGUGGACCCUGUUCUGGGGCUCUGCAGGACAAGGCAUUGCCAUGUUCCUUGCCGGAGGGUUCUCCUAUCUCUGUGCGCAUGCAAAUGCCGCAGGAGACAGCAGUAAGGCUUCUUCAUAUGGUGCUGCCGCUGCAUCCAUGGUUUUCAUUUUCACCUUCAUCUUUGGUGCCACCUGGUUGACGGUACCGUGGUUAUAUCCUGCCGAGAUCUUCCCUCUUGCUGUCCGUUCCAAGGGAAACGCGUGGGGAGUAGUGGGGUGGAGUAUCGGGAAUGGCUGGCUAACCCUUCUCUGUCCCAUCAUGUUUUCUAACAUUGGAGAGAAAGCCCUUUACGUCUUUGGCAUCGCCAAUUUUAUAUCCAUCCCCAUGGUGUAUGUGUUUUACCCCGAGUCUAAUCAGCGAACACUGGAGCAGAUCGACCUUUUGUUUGCAGCCAAGACUCCUUGGGUAUGGGAUGCGGAACGGAAUUUCCAAGCGCUGGUGGAAACGAACCCAGAACUUACGCAGGCAGCAAGAGCCCAUCAGCGGCCUGCGGAUGUGGAAGCAAAGGUCAUUGAUCAGGGCGACAAAGCCGCAUCAGAACAUGUGUCGGGCUGA